AUGCCCGUCCGCAUUCCUGCUGCCAAGGCCACCGAGGUCAUGUCGUUUGGCGUCGCUGGCGUCGGUGCCUUCGCACCCAUCUACAUGAUGCUCGCUCCCGGCGCUGAGGAGACCAUGGCCCGCCACACCGGCUAUUGGGCACCCCGGUGGGAGCAUGUCGCCCAGCGCUACAUCUCCCCGCCGAUGCAGCAUGCCGUCCGCACGCACGUUUCGCCGCCCGUCGAGCGCACCAUGCAGCGCAUGGACAAGGCCACCAACCACCACAUGACGCGGGCCGCGCAGCACGUUGACCGCCGCAUCCGCAACAGCAUCCAGCGCGUGCAGAAGUAG